UUUUUUUGGCAUCUAUGACGCAUUUUCCAAGCGCCGGAAACGUGCUCGUGAACGCUGAUGUGUUAUUUUGCUUAGGUGUUAUUUAGUAUGUGUUUGGUUUUGAAGAUUAGUCUUUAAAAGAUAAUCAGAUCCGUUCGUUUUUUAGAUGCCUAAAGAGAAAGGCGUUAUCAGGUGAAAUAGUGGCACGAGAAGAAGAACUCAGGGGAGAUGGCGCCGAAAGGAAAAGUUGGAACCAAAGGCAAAAAACAAAUUCAUGACGAAAACCAGGAUACUCUCAAGUUCUAUUGCAGAAUCAUCCUGGGAGCAAACGCUAUUUAUGUAGCAGUCAAUCUCUUGCUCUUUUACAAUUCGUCUACAUUUUGGACAUGGUUCUUUCUCCUGUUCGCAGUGGCGGUCUACACUGGCAGCUACAGAUCUAUGUCAGCAAUGGCCAAACCUGCAUUUGCUGAAGAUGGUAGCUUGCUGGAUGGAGGGAUUGACCUUAAUAUGGAACAGGGCAUGGCAGAACACCUGAAGGAUGUGAUUCUUCUUACUGCUAUUGUUCAGGUCCUCAGCACUCUGUCAUCUUACUUCUGGUACUUCUGGCUCUUGGCACCUGCAAGGGCUUUGCAUUUAUUGUGGGUGAACUUCCUGGGCCCCUGGUUUUCUGCUGAAUCACAGGCAGCCCCUGAAGAGAACGAGAAGAAUGACAAGAAACAGAGGCGACAGGAAAGACGACAGAUGAAGAGAUUCUAGACUUGUCUGUUUAAUUUUUUUACAUGUAUUAUACAAUUACAAAGAACAUGCAAUCUAAAUUAUUCUGAGAUAUUUGAUAUGACAGGUUAGUCCAGACAAUAGAUGGGCAUUGUUAAGUGUCUUUGACUUUCUCUCACGUGUCAUCAGCUGCUCCGUCCUUUUUAGCCCUUUGGUUCCUUUCUCUCACUUUAUGUCCAUCUUAAAAUCUCUAGCUCAGGUAUGCCUCUUGAGUGGGGCUCCACAUAUUUUUUUUAUUUCAUAAA